UCGGCCGCAGACGGUCCGCCGACGACGCGAGCCCAUGCCGCGACCUGCCGCCGCCCUCGCCCCCUCGGGACUCCUGGUCCUGAUGCUGUACGCCCUCGCAGGCACCGCGGCCGGAGCGGUCUCCCUGUCCAAGGCCGAGGUCGACGAGUUCUGGAAGCAAUACAAAGAUGACCAACGGCCACUUUGCCCGAGCGCUGCCUCGGAGCAGCACCGCUCCAGGAGGGUGGUCGGAGGCCGGGAUGCUGGCGAGCCUAUCCCAUUCAUGGCCAGCCUCCAGAAGAACGUGACCGGGCUGUCCAAACCUUUCCCGUUCUGCGGUGCCAGCAUGCUAACCGAGAAGCACCUCGUCACUGCUGCUCACUGCCUCAAAAAUAAAACGGCGUCCAUGCUGUCGGUGAACGUGGGCGACUACAACCUGUCAUCGAGCGACGACGCCCAAAAUGUGGUGCGCAACGUGCUGAGAUUCAUACAGCACGAGGAAUACGUCAUCUCCACGUACGACAACGACAUUGCCGUGCUCACGCUCGAGGAGCCGGUGCCGUGGGAGUCUCUCACAACAGUAGUCCUCCCACCCGUCAACUCGGACCUGGCGCAGGACACCACGGUCUGCGUCAUGGGCUGGGGAAGGCUCCAGUACGAGGGCGCCAAGCCGACUACCCUGCAGAAGCUGUGCAUGCCCUCGGUGAACAGGACCGAGUGCCAGCGGCCACUGACGCACAAGGUGAACACGAACAUGAUCUGCGCCGGUGGCCGCGAGGGCCAGGACGCAUGCGUGGGUGACUCUGGGGGCCCCCUGAUGGUGCAAGUGGGCAACUACGAGGCGAUCUGUGGAAUCGUGUCAUUCGGCAAGAAAUGCGCCCUCAAGGACGUGUACGGCGUGUACACGCGAGUCGGUAUCUUUGUUCCGUGGCUGUACGCGAAGACUCGGGACGCCAAGUGCAAGCCGUCCAUCAGCGACGAAGCAAGCUACCCCGACCUGAUCCAAGUCACCACCAAGCCCGCUCUACCGGAGCUAGACCCCGACAACCACAUCUAGGCCGCAUCCCACAGCCUCCGAUAUAGUGGGUGUUAAGCGAUUCGCAGCACGUUUCCUUGAAAAGUGCGUAUGGUAAGGAGUCCUGGCGCUCAGACGUACGUUCGUGGAAGGAGCUUGCUUGUUUACUCUCAAGUGCAACAAUUCAGGACUGUCGCUUGCGUAUGUCACCAAUUAUCAAACUACUACAAAUCUAUACCUUAUUGCAAAAAAAAAAAAAAAAAAGCAGGGGAGUGGGCGUCGACACCAGAUGUGGUUCUCUAAAAAUUGCCAUAAAAUUACAUCUCGGCGCGAAGUUUGAGCGCUCAAGGCACGGUCCAAGACGCACUUUUCAAGCGAAAUACAGUUGUUUUUGCAAAGCCCGUGCAGAGGUAAGAAACUGCUCUCGGGGGCUCACCUACACUAGCAGGUUCAAGUGAGUUCAGUCCCUGAGUGGCGCGGAUAGAUGCGCGGCCACAGCUGCAUGACCGCGUCUCGGCUAGCGCAACCGCCAGUGCGCGUGGGCCCCCAAGGUGGUUGCUGGUGACGUUACGUUUACGAAUGUGUUUAGUGUGGAAGAUGAUUAUGUCCAAAGCAAUGUACACGAGCGCAUGAGGCUUGCUUUGUUUUUCUUUGUUCAAAGCAGAGCGCCAAACCUACGCACGUAUCGUGCAACGAGACGGAUGCCAAAAUGCCCAGCCUCAUGCCGAAGGAUAAACGAACGAAAUUUCCCCGUGUGACUGCGCUAAUGCGUUUUUUGGUGCAGCUGAAACAUUCCGUAACCGUUUUCUGAGAAUGCGGUAGCCCCCGUGCGCUCCGUGGUCUUUCUGUAGAAGCUUUCGGGCUCAUAAGCUUUGGCAACGAAUGGCGGGAGAAAGAAGUCCCCGGGUGGCGGCAUCACUACAUACAGUUGCACCAGCGUCGCCAGAAAAUCAGAAGGGACUAGUUUUCGCCCUCAGCUGACGGCGGGUGCCUGUCAGUCUGCCGAGCAGCGAUUCUCCCGCCUUACAAACUUUCGGCAGCGCGUCCGCCUCAUUUAGGCAAAACUGAUGUCGCUCAAAAUUAAUGUGUGCCAAAGAUAACGGUGAUAAAAUUUGGGGGAGGCUCGUCCUUUCAAUACACCACGUCUCAUAUCUAGUCAACUAAAUGUCCCCGGCUGUGUGCCGCAGCGAUCACAGGUACGGGGCAGUCGCCGAGGGCUGACGCCCAAGUGACACCAUAUGCUCCUAGCAGAAAAACCUAUUUACUAAAUAUUUCAAAAGUUUGAAGUCUAUCAUUGUUAUUGCAUCUUAUAGCUUUUGCAUGACGGUUUACUUGCUCCAUCUUUGCUACUAUCCUGUGAAACAAAUGGGGCAAAAUAUAAACGUCGCACAUGUUAACAUUUUGUGCUAGACAAAAAGUAAAGCUUAACAUGUUUUUUUAUUCUUCAGUUGAAGAACGAUUGUUUGCAAAACGCGUGCAAAAGUAUAUGCAAUUUAGGCGCAUAUGACAGCUCUAUGCGCAGUUCAGAAACGUGUGUUAGCGGUGUGUUAAAUUGUGCUAGUUCCGAAGUUCCCGCUACCCAGUUCUUAACACUUUCCAUAAGGUUCCGAUGGUUAUACUCGGGGUGACUAACACUGGAGCGGCGGUCACCACAGUAAGCACGUGAUUAAUUAGAAAAGGAAAUGGAUACGAUUUCGUGGGGCGAUCGAGCCUGCUGGGCAAAGCACGCCCGAAAUCGCGAGCGAAUUUUUAACUUGCCAAGUGCAUACAACCACAUCGCUUUCCUCCUCCCUCUCAUCAUUAAAAGUCGUGUGCUGACCGAUUUUCGGUGCGCGACCUGCAUCCGUGCUCUGGAUAUGACGGCCGCCCCGCUGCCGUGCACCUGCAAUAAAUCGGGCUGUUCAUGGCACACGAAAGAUCGGCGGAAGCUCGAAUGAGUGCGCCAGCAUGCACCCGGCACCGUGUGCUCACAGGGCAACUGACGAAAGAGGCCAACAUACACGGGCACGCAUACGCCGUGCCCAGAAAUAGCAGCUUUAGGAUCUGUGCCAGCAUGGCGGCACCAAAGUCUGCCAGAGUCGUGAAGCCAUGCAAGGUUCAGCAAUACAUGAAUACUGCUUCGAUCUCAAGCUGGUGGAGACAGACAUGUGCUAUCUGGGUUGACCUGUACCGACCUAUUGAGCUUUACGCUCGACAUGACUGGCCUAGUGCCUUUUCGUCCCGUUUAUUGAGCCGCCAAGCCCACCGGCUUUCGCUUGCAAAAUUCCCAGGCGGCAAUCGGGUAAUGCGCGCUGCCUAGCCAUUUAUUUUAUCGCGACGUUCAUUAGUACGCGAGCAGGAAGUAAAGCUCGUCGAGAACCCGGGCAUUACCAUUAUUCGGGGCAUUAUUUUCUUACCACGCCAUUUCAUAAGAGACCAAAGUGAUUCUCCGCGGCUAACGCGACCAUGACAAAUUUUGACCGCAGUGGAUCCACCAUUUGCGCAAUGACCGCAUAACCACCGCUAACCUUAGAGCAGUGAUGGAGAGCGCCACACCACGUUUUUAGAAUGCACUAAGGACUGCACAAGUCUCUGCUCCAUCUCAAUAACUCCGUGCAGUGCAGUGAAGCUUCACAUCACAUUCAGUGACGAUGAGUCGGGUUCCGAGAAUGGACGGGCACUCGCACAUUGUGCGCCUCUGAUCCUUCCAUGGAAUCCUCAUUCAGACCAGAGAAGGACUUUUCUAUAUUCUGGUUGGCUACCCGUAGCUUUCUCUACACAGCACGGAGUUGGCGAGAUGGAGUUGGUGAGAUUGUGUAGGUGUGGUGCAUCAAUGAACAAGUUUGCGGAGAACAUGGCCUCCGAUCUCGGAGGUCAUACUGAGAAGCAGGUUGUACAUACGUCCGCAGCUAGACCAGAUUACACAAUGAUACGUACUGUACAGGAACCAGUGGUGAACUGCACAGCUGAUCAAACAUCACGCACAUGCUAUAGACGCAAGACUUUUGUAAUGCCAGCGACGUAUGCACUCAACGAUCUUCAACGCUAACAAUGUCGUUUGUGGCACAGCCAAGUGGCGCACACCCUGAAGACCAUGCUUUCUUGAAUAGGGAUAAAGUGUUCGCACAACACCAGAACAUGGACACAAGAAGGUACAACAGAGUGUGUCUGCCCUUCCUUCUUGAGUCCAUGUCCUGGUGUUGUGCUACUUCAUCCCAAUUCAAUAUGACUGACCAAGCCUACAUCACCACCCUUGUCAAUCGUGCCUUCAACAGCACAAUUGGUGGUCAGAAGUGUCGGCCUGCAACUACCAUGUGGUGUCAUGUGGUGAUGUUUAGAUGUUCUAUUGUUGCUGUUAUGAUUGGAGGCUCGUUAAAGGUACACCUUAAUUGCUAGACUAAAUUUUUGCUAUUUUGUUUGUUAUACAUUACUAGCAUUAAGUGCAUAAAAGUAAUGUAGUGAGAGAAGUUCUCCAUAAAAGGGAUGCUAAAUAGAAAAAUUAUUUCAGCUAUGUUAGUAAAUUACCCUUCUGUAAUACGAAAAAAGCCACUUUUAUUGCAAAAGGAGGCUUGGCAAGCCAGAAAAGACGCAACCACGAAAGACGGGUGGUGAUGGUACUUUGACGCUCCCGUGCAAGCUUGCCAUGACAUUAAAUUUGACAGCAUCUGCUCAGGCCCAGUUAACUUAUUUUAUUGUUAAAGAUUAACUAUAUCUAUUCUAAAGGAACCACAAACUGAACUUGACAAGUUUCGAAAACACUUGAUACACAACUGCUCAAAUACGGGAAAUAGACUGCUGUCCCGUUGAUGUGCCAGCUCUCAGGUUUCUGUGCGAAAAAAAAGAUUAAACCAUUAUCUCCAUCUUUUCUUUUAUUAAUCAAGCUAUAUUACAGUGCAGGUAACAAAAAUAGUGUUUCAAAGAAUAAUCUAGGGAUCAGUAUAAGCUGAUUUAAUUUUUCUCUUUGAUGUCCCUUUAAUGUUGUUAAAUUACAGCUGAUGCGAGCGACUGCCGAUUUUAGGGCAUGCAAAUACAAUGCGAAGUGCCCAUCAAGUACCGUAAUGCGCAAAUGCUAUGCAGUGUAGCCGUUGAAGGUCCAGUAAAAUAUGAGUUAUGCAUGAUAAAUAGAUUAUCUGCAUCUCAAUCUUCCUUUCAGUGCCACCACAUGUGUGGCGUAACUAUUGGUUUAAAGAAACCAGAUACUUUCUGCAUAUUCAAACUUAAGCCUUUGCUUUUCCACUUCAUUACAGACAAUAAGCAUACAUGUAUGCAUACAAAAAAAAAAUGAUAAACUAAACGUUUUUAAAACAAGAUAUGAAGCUCAUAUUUUACUGGCACUAACACAGCUUUCGUGUUGGAGCAUUUGUGGAUGUCAAGAAAAAAAUGCAAUGUUUUGGUCAUGCCAAAGAAUUUACUGUUCCAAGACAAAAUGUGUUAGAGUUAUAAGACAGUACACCUGCUCCUGUACUUAAGUGUAUUAGUCACCUACAGCUUAGCAACAAAUGUAACUGCACUGCAAAGUAGUUGUGAAAUAUGUGGACAAUAAAUAUAUUUUUGUUUGUUAAAAUA